CUUACAUACACUGCACCAUAAAAUAGUUUAUGUAAACAACCUUUAUUUCCAUCAAUAGGAGUCUGAUUUAAUAAGUAAUGACAUGUCUAUGCAGUAGUCCAUACAGUCAAUAAAAUGAUGAUAUAUGAUCAUGAUUGCUGAUUGAUAGAUAGAUAGACAGACAGAUAGAUAGGCAGAUAGAUUGAUAGAAGUAUGAGAAUGCUAGGAUAUUGACCAAAUAUUAAUGGUGGCUUUCUCUGGAUAAUGAAAAUACAUAUGGUUACAAUUUUUUAGUAUAUACUGGAUGAAAUAAGAGUAAGAAAUCACAUUAAGUACAAGAAUUAUAGAAAUACUUCAGUGUUGUUAUAGUCAUUUAUUAACUAAUUUGCAAAUCUCAUAAGAGGGAUUAAUACCAGAAAAAAUAAGAGAAUCAUUUCCAAAUUUGAUUUGGAGACCAAGAAAGAAAAGUGGAUUGUGGAGUGAGAGGGUCUAAAUAUUAGUUUCUCAACAAAAUCAUGAAGAUAAAAAUCUGUAGUCUGUUAUGGGCUCUCCUUUUUGUUUUAACUGCACUUAACUGGAAAGAAGCUGAAACACAUCUUGCUUCCCCUCCAUUUGCAGGUGAUAUACAAAUUGGAAUGGAGGACAAAAAGGGCCAAUUAGAAGUUGAAGUUAUUAGAGCACGAAGCCUCACACAAAAGCCUGGUUCCAAAUCUACACCUGCUCCAUAUGUCAAAGUAUAUCUUUUGGAAAAUGGGGCCUGUAUAGCCAAGAAGAAGACAAGAAUUGCACGAAAAACCCUUGAUCCUUUGUAUCAGCAGUCUCUGGUUUUUGAUGAAAGUCCACAGGGUAAAGUUCUUCAGGUGAUUGUCUGGGGAGACUAUGGCAGAAUGGACCACAAAUGCUUUAUGGGUGUGGCUCAGAUCUUGUUGGAAGAACUCGACCUGUCCAGCAUGGUGAUCGGAUGGUACAAAUUGUUCCCACCGUCCUCACUGGUGGAUCCCACACUCACUCCCCUCACCCGCCGGGCUUCCCAGUCAUCUCUGGAAAGUUCAACUGGGCCUCCCUGUAUUCGAUCAUAGUGAACUCAUACCAGAGUCAUUCCAAUAAAACUCUACCUUUCAGGAUAAUAAUCUGAACCAGAUAUUUCAUGAUCAAAAGCAUUGUUGGAGACAGACAAUCAACUUGUGUUUUGCCUGUAGUAGUUUUUCAAUAAUAUGUCCCAAUUGUUAUUUAAAACAUGGCUUCAUAUGACAGAACAAGGCAAUCUAUCAAAUUACAGGAAGAAUCAACGUGCUGGUGAGAGUCACUGAUGCUUCUAACAAAUAGAAAAAGAGGAAACUUUAAAUCUACACAUACACCUACACACACACACACACACACACACACACACCCCAAAUUGAACAAACUGGAAACUCUCACUCUGUGAAAAGUUGUAUUCUACACGUUUCUGCACAGACCACAAGCAGUGUUAUUUCCCUGAUGUUUGAAUUGUUUUGUUCUUUUGUGUGUUUUGUUUAUUUGUGUGUUGUUUGUUGGUUUUCGUUUCUUGAGGUUUUUUUUUUGUUUGUUUUCACCACAUCUGUUAUUUCCACUAGUUUUUUUGGCUGUGUCAUGACAGGCCUCAUGAUGCUAACAGAGACUCUUCCCUUCUUUUUUCCAAAAGCACCAAAAAAAGGGCUGAAGUGGUCUCUGUGGCAUCUCCCCAAAGUGUUAAACAGCUACAUAAGGUGAAGCCAAAGAAGGGUUUCACUAGCUUUCAUUUUAUAAUUCUUUAAAGUCUUACGUGUGGAAACCCAAAAGACAAAAAGUUAUCUUCCAAAAUAAAUAAUCACAGAAGUACUUUUUUAAUGAAGAGCCUAUCUGUUUGCAUUCUAGAAAAUUAAUUUAUGGUUUCCAUUGUUUUGCAUGGAAGACUUUUAAAGAAGUCAAUCUGCAACUAAUGCUGGGGACUAAAACUAACUGCAUAAUUGUACUUUGAAAACACUCCUUGUAUUGCCUUUUUCUUCCUGAUAUUAAAAAAAAAAUGCUCAUGUGUAUAAACCAUACUUUGACUUCCCAAAAAUGGUGACUAGGAAUGGAUUUGAGCCUAAGACACUUUGAGCUACGCCCAGGCUUCUCAGCCAUGCCUCAGUGUAGACACACCCAUCUGCCCUGGAAAGAGCAUGGUAUGAGCUGUUCAAUAUUCCACUGGAAAUUCCAGUUGAAAUAUUCUGCACUAAACUAAUGUUUUUAUCGAAUUUUAGUUUACAUUUCUUUGAGAUUGAUGCAAGCACAAAGCUUGAUUUUUUAAUGCAAAGUAUCUUACUUUUGGGGGGAAAAAUAAACAAAGUCAACUUUCAAUUUGCAUUUUCUUCAUUUAGUUUUUCUUGGCCUUGAAUUUCCCUUGUGACAUUCUGUACAUGUGCUACAAACUGCAGUCUCUGCGGGUGCAUUGAUAUGUUCUCCCUCCUUUUAUGAGUCACUCCACUUUUGUGAUUACACAGAUAGAGCAGCAUGACUUGGAACUGUUCAAAGCUGCAUGCACAUUUUGUAAAAAAAAUUUUAAAAAGAAAAGAAACAAAAGGUUAUUUAAUAAUGUAUGUUAGUUCAACAUAGGCCAGCUUGUAUGUUGCAUGUACUUGUACAGUUUGCUUGUUAAUUACUAUACCGAAAUAACCAAGAAAUCUAAGCCAUCCAUUUUUGUUAUAGACAUUUUGCAGGUUUUAGCCAGACUCAGUCUCUGGGUCUGUGGUGAAAUGUCUAUAGAUGGACUUUAUUUUUUACCCUCCGGAAAACGUGAUGUAGUACGGACCAAAUUCCUUCUAAUAAAUAUUUUGGUGUAGAUUCCUACUGUGGGGCUGUAACACAUGUAGACACUGUGUACACAUUAGGUUUUAAUUCAUAGACAUACUGCCUGCACCAAGUGAAUUAUUUAUUAUUAUUUACACAUGCCAGAAUUAUCUGCCCAUCAUUCCACAGGGCACAGAUUGACCACUGCUCACCAUGCUGAGCAGGAGGAACUGAAGCAUUGGUGCACUUCUACUAGAUUCCGUUCUGUCUUAGUGGCCAACAAUCAACUGAUUAUAAUUGGGUAGUAUCUUUCUAUUUUGACCACUUGUCUUAACACUCCCCUGUGCUUUUAAAUGAAAUUCCAACUCAUGUAUGUAAACAUGUUUAAUAAAAUUUACUUUUCAUGUCA